AUGAGCAAAAUAAAUAACUCUUAUUUAGAUUUUACAAAGUAAUAUAGAAAUCUUAGUUACAAACCAGUCUAAGAGACUUAUGAUAGAAUUGAUAAUCCAGUAACUAAAUUUGAUAAUUUCUUGAAAACAUCAACUUUUUCUAAAAGACAUGAAAAAUCUGCAUUAAAUUAAUCAGAAUUAUAUCCAAAAAUGAGAGGACCUACAAAACCUGAUUACUUUUUUAUUGAACAUUAUCCAAGAUUUAAAGAGGAUAUAAAUUGCAAUUAAAAGAUAUUUGGAUAAAAGUAAACUCAGUUUCAUAGUGAUAUAUUUGAUAAUAUCAGAAAUGAUUUUAAAUAGAAAAAUUAUUCUUUUCAAUAUAAUGCUGAUAAACUAGAUUAUUCUAAAGAUUUAGGAUUACCAAUAGAACCUAAAGAAAGAAUUAAAGAAUUAUAAUUGAUUAAAAAGGAAUAAGAAUUAUAUAAGUCUCUGAGGUAGGAUGUAAAUUUCUUAAAUAGAAAAAAAAGGAUUUUAGAUAAUUUACAUAAGAGUGAAACAUCAACUUAAUCUAAACAUAGAAACCUAAGUUAAGUUUUUUAAAUUAAUGUUAGGUUAUGAUAAAUAUCGUAAUUAGAAUGAAUGUCUUGAGUUCAAUAAUACAAAUGAAUUUAUUGGAGAUCAAAUGAAUUUAUCUUUCCAGCUAUCGAAAGAUUGGAAUAACAAAAAAAGAUGUGAAACUUAAAGAUUGGAUACUUUUGAAAGAGUCAUAAGUCAAAAGCCACCAAAUCUUAAAGUUAAUACAGAAAGAAUGAAUUUUUUAAAAUUCAGAGAAAACUGUGGAAGGGAUUACAAAAUUGUUAAUUUAACAAAAGAUGAAUGA